AUGCCUUGUCCUAUGCGAGCUCACGCGUCGGACGUUGGUGAGUCGAGCUCACCAGGAACAGAACACAUGCCCAUUCCUCAACCUCCAGAGCAUCUCUUUGGCUUGCUCGGCAACCUGCCUGACUUGGAUCCUUCUUUCCCAUCCAAGAAUAUAUGGAGCAUGCAACAGCUGUACGGUCCAAUAAUGAAGUUGAAACUUGGUAGUGAACAAGUCAUACUCGGAGACCAGCAACACAUCAAUGAGAUUUGCGACGAGAAGCGCUUCCACAAAAUCCCUUCUGGUGCGCUGGUGGCCAUUCGAGCGCUGACUGGAGAUGGCCUGUUCACAGCUUAUGACUCCGAGAUGAACUGGUGGACAGCUCAUCGCAUGCUGGUGCCAGCUUUUGGUCCUAUCGCGCUCCGUUCGAUGUUUGACGACAUGCUUGAUAUCUCGUCUCAGAUGGUACUCAAGUGGGAUCGUCUAGGACCAGAACACGAAAUUGAGUGUAGCGAUGACUUGACACGCCUGGCUUUCGACACAAUUGGGCUUUGUGCAUUUUCGUAUAGAUUCAAUGAGUUCUAUACGGAUCACGCUCAUCCCUUCGCGCAACAAAUGGCCGAUGUCCUGACUGAGAGUGGUAGGCGUGUCAGCCGUCCGGGGUUCAUCAACGAUUAUGUCUACCGUAGCAGCGAACAGAAGCGACAAGAAGAUGUCAGGAAGAUGCAUGACCUCUGUGACCAGAUUGUAGCAGAUCGGAAGAAGAACCCCCAACCUGAGAACAAAGAUUUGCUGAAUACUAUGCUGAACAGCAUUGACAAAGAGACUGGUGAAGGGCUGUCAGACGAGAACGUCAGGUACCAAAUGGCUACAUUUCUCGUCGCUGGACAUGAGACUACUAGCUCAACCCUUUCUUUUACCUAUUACAAUCUGCUGAAGAACCCCGAUAAACUUAUCGAGGCGCAACGACAGGUCGAUGAGGUAGUGGGCGAUAAUGUUUUGGAGCUGCAGCAUCUGCCGAAGCUUACAUAUCUCGACGCCUGCAUUAAGGAGAGUCUUCGUCUUAGCUCCCCUAUUACUCGCUGGAGUGUCUGUCCGCGCAAGGACACCACAUUGCAAGGCAAAUACGAAGUCAAGAAAGAUGUUCAGCUCGCCUGUAACCUAAAAGCUCUCCAUCACGAUCCUGCUGUCUGGGGCGAUGACCACGAAGACUUCAAGCCGGAAAGAAUGCUCAAAUCCAACUUUGAGAAGUUGCCUCCAAAUAGCUGGAAGCCCUUCGGAAAUGGAAUGAGAUCGUGUAUCGGCAGAGGCUUUGCCGAACAGGAGAUGCUUAUCAACAUUGCGCUCGUGCUCCAACGCUUCCAAUUGCAGUUGGCGGAUCCAGCUUAUGAGCUUGAACUGAAAUCAACGUUGACAAUCAAGCCAUGGAACUUCAGGAUGAAAGCUCGUCGUCGACCGGGCAAAACACUGAUGGUUGGUAUUCCAGGAGGCGUACCCACCAACGUUGCGAAGAAACACGAACAGCAGCACGAGAAGGCACAAGCUCAAAAUGAGUCCUCCAAUGCACCUUUAUCGAUCUUCUUUGGAGGCAAUACCGGAACCUGUGAAGCUCUUACCGAAGACCUGAGAACGAAGUUGGCCGAUCACGGCUUGAGUGCUUCGAUUGAAAGUCUUGACACACUGACUGAGCAUACGCCAGAUCGACCUGUCGUGAUAAUCACCUCCUCGUACGAGGGUCUGCCACCCGACAACGCCAAGAAAUUCAUGGCGUGGUUAGAGGAUGUUAGCAAUAAGAACGCUUCCNNCCCCUUAAAUGGUGUCAAGUAUGCAGUUUAUGGAGUGGGAAGUUCGGAUUGGGCGAGCACUUUCCACAAGAUCCCGAAACUCGUUCGCGAGCUGAUGAAUAAGGCUGGAGCUGCAGAAGUCGUCGAGAUCGGGCUUUCGGAUGUCAAGGCUGAUCUGUUUGGUCCAUGGGAAGACUGGGUAGACCAGCUUAUAGCUGCGUUGGUGAAGUCGACUGGUGCUCGAUCCGUUGCUAAGGCCGUCACCGAGAUCACCAUUCGCGAAUCCAAGCUGACUUCAUUGCUCGGCGGCAAGGACAUGAACAUCGGAACAGUUGUUGCGAAUACAGAGCUUGCAGGCACUGAAGUAGGACCUGCGAAGCGCCAUAUGGAUAUUCGUUUGCCAGAUGGCAUGAGUUACACUGCAGGCGACUACCUUGUAGUGCAACCACGCAAUCCCGAUGAAGCAGUCCAUAGGGUUCUAGCAUACUUCGGCCUUCGCGAAAACGACAUUCUCGAAGUGAAAGGAUCAUCCAAGGCUUUCCUUCCGACUGAGCCCACUCCUAUCGAGGAGUUCCUCUCUGGAGCUGUCGAACUCAGUCAGCCCAUCACGAAGCGUCAGCUAGAGAGCGUCCUGUCGCAUGCGACUCCCGAGCAGCAGGAAGAAUACAAAGGGUUCCUCCAAGAUGCUUCUUACCAACACUUCCUUGAGAAACGCUAUAGCAUCCUCGAUAUCCUUGAGGAGACCGCAAUCGCCCUGCCAUUCGGUGCAUACGUCGACAUGCUUCCAGCUCUGACGCCUCGUCAAUACUCUAUUGCCUCAUCUUCUCUAGAGCCAGCAAACAACCCACAGCAUAAGUCGCACGCAGAUAUCGUAUCUCUAUGCUUCGACGUCCAUACUUCACCAGCCCUUUCAGGCCAUGGUUCUUUCUUCGGUGUCACAUCCACCUAUCUUGCUUCUCGUCGCAUUGGUGACCGUAUAUCAUGCUUUGUGCGUCCCACAAAUGUUGGGUUCCGACUUCCAGGUAACGUCGAGACGCCCAUAAUCAUGUUUGCAGCUGGCACAGGCAUUGCACCGAUGCGAGCCUUCCUUCAGGAAAGAGCUGCCAUAGCAGCAGCUGGUGCGCGAAAGCUCGGACCUGCCAUCUUGUUCUUUGGCUGCCGUCAUCCGGAGAAAGACUUCAUCUACCGGGAUCAGUUAGCCCGGUGGGAGAAACAAGGUGUCGUCAAAGUCGUCCCGGCCUUCAGCAAGGGUGACUCAGGCCCGCAUUAUGUACAAGAUGCCAUUUGGGAGCAUCGCGAAGAAGUAGCGAAGAUGUUUGUUGACGGUGGAAAGAUAUAUCUGUGUGGAAGUGCGGCGAGAUUGGGCAAGAGUGCUGCAGAAGUUUGCAANAAAGUGUGGUGCGAGAAGAACGGGAAGACAAUGGACGACGCAGAAGUGUGGCUUCAGCGUGUCAAGACUGAUCGAUACAUCAGCGAUGUAUACUGA